AUGGUCGAAACGAGUCACAUGGAGGAGCUUCUGAAAAGGCCUCUCUACGUGUACGAUCUACCGCCAGAACUUCUUGCCAGCUUAACGGCCAAAACCACGAGCCAGCCUGUCGCCGAACAAGAGCCCGAACCCUCCCCGACCGACCUUGAACAGGCAGCGCAGGACUCUGCGAUCGCAACUUCCAGUCUAUGUUCCCUCUGCAAGGUUUCCUACAAUAGUGUACAGGAGCAGCGCAGCCAUGUCCGCUCUGACCAUCACCGGUUCAACAUCAAGGCCCAACUCCGCGGGAAUGCGCCCUUGGAUGAAGCCGAAUUUGCCAAGGCUAUCGGAGAGCUAGAUGAGUCUAUUUCUGGCUCGGAGUCCUCGGAGACAGAAGAGGAGGAUGCGGAAGGGGGCACGGACACGACUCUGGCCGCUCUGCUGAAAAAGCGAGCCAAGCUGGCCCAUCCGAAUGAGGACGUGGAGACCGAGGGCGUGCCAAAUACUCCGAAACAACCACUUCUUUGGCUGUCAAGUUCGAGCUUGCCAUCGAACACGUCUCUGGGCGUCUACAGGGCUAUGUUAUCGAACGCGGAGCAGGAUGAGCCCGCUCACCUGGUUGAAACCCUACGGCGAAAGCAGCUGGCGCCGAUUAAGGCCCGCACUAACAAUAAAGCGCAAGAUGCUGCUGUCACCGGUCCGCAUAUUUUUAUGUGCAUGAUUGGUGGUGGGCACUUCGCCGCCAUGUUGGUCUCGCUGGCACCCGAGAUCCACCGAAAGCAAGGAGGAGUUGAAGACAGACAGGCACGGGUUAUUGCACACAAAACGUUCCAUCGAUACACGACGCGACGAAAACAGGGUGGCUCGCAGUCUGCCAGUGAUGCGUCCCGCGGAGCUGCUCACUCGGCAGGCUCUAGUCUGCGACGGUACAACGAGGCUGCGCUUGAGAAGGAUAUUAGAGAGGUGCUGUCCGAUUGGCGCGAGAUGAUUGACACUGCCGAGCUGUUGUUCGUUCGAGCUACUGGAAAGACGAAUCGAAAGACCCUUUUCGGUCAAUAUGAUGGACAAGUCCUCCGACAGAACGACCCCCGUCUGCGCGGUUUCCCCUUCAAUACACGCCGAGCCACUCAAGGAGAGCUUAUGCGGUCCUUCAAGGAGCUGACCCGACUGAAGGUCAGCCAGGUGGACGAAGCCGCGCUGGCUGCGGCUGAGGCCAAGCGAAGAGAGCAAGAACUGAAAGCGUCAACGCCUGUACCAAAACCCCAAGUGCAGAAGCCGAAGCUUUCAAAAGAAGAAGAAGCUGGCUUGCUACACACAUCUCAGAUCCAGGCACUCAUCCGCCGCUCAAAGGUGCCCGCACUAAUGUCUUAUAUCACAAACAAUUCCAUCCCCCCCUCGUUCACCUUCACUCCCGCCGACUCGCCACAAAACUUCCGCUGUCCCACUCCCCUCCACCUCGCCGCACACCACGACGCACCGGCUGUGGUCACAGCCCUCCUCACAAAAGCCGGCUCCGACCCAACAGCCGUCAACAACGAAGGCAGAACACCCUUCGAACUCACCGGCGACCGAGCCACGCGCGACGCCUUCCGCAUUGCUCGCCACGACCUCGGCGAGUCAGAAUGGGACUGGGAAGCGGCCAGGGUCCCAUCAGCUGUCUCCAAAGCUGAUGCGGAAAGCCGUGCAGAGAAGGAACGAAAACUUGCCGAGGAGGAAGAGUCCAGUCAGCGGAAGGCGCGCUUGGAUCGAUUGAAACGGGAGGAGGCUGAGAGGGCAGCGACGUCGAGAACGACGAAGUCGGGUGCUCGGACUGUUGGUGGUCUUGAGAAGACGGCGGCUGAGAGGAGAGACGAGGAGACUAGGGGCAUGACGCCGGAGAUGAAGAUGCGGUUGGAGAGAGAGCGGAGGGCUAGGGCUGCGGAAGAGCGUUUUCGAAAGAUGCAGGGUCAAUGA